AUGGCUAGGCCUCUUCAAGCCCAAAUUCCUGUCCCAUCCCUCAUAUCCAUCCCCAACACCAGAACCUUCCUCCUACUCGCCUUCGUCGCUGCCAUCGCUAGCCUGGUCAUCUCCCUUUGUACCAGUCGCAAACACUUGAAGAUGUCAAAGGAGCAGAAGAACAGCACCCCAGGCCCUCUCUCUAGGGAGGACCGAAAGCUCCUCUCCAACCUGAGCAACAUCGGCAGGAAGGCCAUGGGGAUGGCCAAGAUGAUAUCAUGGAAGAAGUCCAACGAGGUCGAGGAGGCGGCCGUGUGGAAGAAGUCCAUCGUCAUGGGAGGGAAGUGCAGGCAACUUGACUUCUCCGGUCACAUUUUGUAUGAUUCUGAGGGGAAUCAGCUGCCGGAGUUGCCUCCGCGGACGGCUCGAGGAGGUGGUGCGCAGGGAGUGGGUCAUAUGGGGAAGGUUUGA